UCAGCUCCACCUGCUAAACUCACCUGACAACUCUGAUUGACGGAGGCUCCGCCCACCGGUGACGUCACAGGCCAACCUGAGUUUCAGGCUCUGGAACAGAAACACGUCGAGCUGCAGACUGAAGAACUGACAGGAAGGAGCCCAGCAGCGCUACCACUUCCUGUGGCGGUCCAGCAGCAGGAUGGCGAUGGCGGAGGCGGCGGCGGCCCCAGAUCUCUUCUCAGAGCAGGAGUUAACCUGCUCCAUCUGUCUGGACCUGUUCGAUGAACCCGUCUCCACUCCCUGUGGACACAACUUCUGUCAGGCGUGUAUCGGAGGUUACUGGGCGUCCAGCCCGGUGUGUACCUGUCCUCUCUGUAAGCGCCAGUUUGAUGAGCGUCCUCAGCUCAGCGUCAACAAAGUCUUCGCUCUCAUCGCAGAUAAAUACAAACAGACUCGUUACGGCGCCGCGGGGUUACCGCUGCCGGUCGGGAACGGGACGUCGGCUGCCACGGGCGCCUCGCCGACGAUCGCAGACAGCAAAAAUCCGUUUUUGACGGCGUCAGGCGAGGAGGUGGUGUGGUGUGACGUGUGUACGGGUAUCAAACAGCCCGCCGUCAGCUCCUGUCUCACCUGCACCGCCGCCUACUGCUCUGAGCACGUGAAGCCGCACCAGACCACGCCCUUCUACUCCAAACACCCUCUGAUGGACCCCCAGGAGGCCCUCAGGGGCCGCACCUGCCAAAUCCACCGCCGCCUGCUGGAGGUAUACUGUCGGACAUGUCAGCGCUGCAUCUGUGCCAUCUGUGUUCUGGAGGAACAUCGAACACACAAAACCGUCUCCGUGCAGACCGAGAGACUCGGAAAACAGAAACAGGUAGCGAGGACGGAGCAGGACAUCCUGAACCGGAUCAGAGAGAAGGAGAUCCACGUCACUCAGCUGAGGAGGAAACUGGACGGAGUAAAGAACUACGCCGACGGGGAGCGAGGGGAGGUGCAGCACCUGCUGGACCAGGUGUCCGGCUCCUUGGACCGGAUCCGAUCCGAGGUGGUGGGCGGGAUCGACAACCAGCUGGAUGGCGUGAUGUCAAAGGGGGAGGGGCUAGUGAGGCGUCUGGAGGCAGAGCUUAGCCAGCUGAUGGACAGGAGAGCCACGCUGGAGGUCCAGGCCAUCAGUCAGGACCACAUCGGCUUCCUGCAGAGUUUCGAGGAGGCAGCAGCUCCUCUGGAGGAGCAGCAGGAGGAGGUGGAGGAGGACGAGAGGUUCUUCCUCCACUUCCAGCUGGGGGAGGUGAAGAGCGCUCUGUCGGAGGUGAAGGACAAGAUGGAGGACAUCAGGAUGGGGGAGGUCGUCUCCAGAGGCUCCGGGUCGUCCGGGGAGCUGAUGAUGGCAGAGAGCAUGCUGAGUCUGAGAGGAAGCACCACCAGUCUGAAGAAGAGUCAGUGGUCUCUGAAAGAUCGGAAGAAGUCCAAACCCGUCUCAGGACACAAGAAGGCCCGAGUCUACAUGGAUGACGUGACGUUGAACCCGGUGACGGCGUACCCGUUCCUCAUCCUGUCUGAAGACAGGAAGCAGGUGAAGAGAGGAGAGAAGCUGCAGUUCUUCAGGAACAGCCAGCAGCGCUUCGACGUCUGGUCCUGCGUCAUCGCCAAAGAGAACUUCAGCACCGGGCGCCACUACUGGGAGGUGUCUGUCGGGGAGAGUAAGGACUGGAAGCUGGGCGUGGUCAGCGAGUCGGCGCCCAGGAAAGGGCUGUUUGACAUGAGUCCCUCUAACGGGUACUACGCCAUCUGGUGGAGUGGCAGCCAGCUGAGAGCGCUCACCGCUCCGCCGCUCACCAAGGUGAAGAGUCCGCCGAAGCUGCGUCAGGUGGGCGUCUUCCUGGACGUGGACGAGGGACAGGUGUCCUUUUAUAACGUCAAGUCGGGCUCAGAGAUCUACAGCUUCAAUGGCCCCGAGUUCACCGAGAAGAUGUUUCCUCUGCUGGGCACCGGAGACAAAGAGGUCCCCCUGGUCCUCAUGACCACACAGCACCAGCUGGCCUGAGGGAUGAGGAGGGGGACGAGGACCGGGACGAGGACCGGGACGGCGGGGUCCAGACCUGAGAGGAGGGACACAUACUGGGGGUGUCCAGCACCGACGUCGGGACAGAAGCUGAAUCUCAUUACAGACAAAACAGAUGUUAGUUUGUCCCCAGAUGUGACGGAAGACACACAGCUGAGACCAAACUAAUAUUUACUGAGCUUAUCGAUGGAAAAAUGGGUUUAAUAUUUUAAUAACAAUAUUUUUAAUAAUAAAUAAUUCCUACUGAGAGCUGUACGGAGAACCAAUGGUGAUGAGUCUCUGAUGUCUCCGGUAUGAACCGUCUGUUCUAAUGUACAUCUGAUCCAAUCUGUUAAAUAAAGACAAACGUCACUAAA